UCGUAAACACGAGGCGCUUCUAGUGUUAAUCUGAGGACCUUCUUCAAACUAACAACAAACAAACAAGAACAGGGAAAAUAAGAACCAAUAUUUAGUUGCCAAUAUGGUUACUAUCAAAAAUGUAUUGUUGACCACUCAGAUAACAGCUUUAGAAGUGAAAUUACGUUAUGUAUUCUUGGGUGAGGGGCAAUACCUACACAUUCACAACCUGGACACCGGCAAGAGACUUGCAACUCACAAAGUCUUUGAAGCUGCCGUUGUCCAUGGCAUUAAAAUAAGACCGGUGAAAAAUGAAGAGAGCAGGAGCUGGGUAGUGGGUGUCUGGGGACAGAAGAGCCUGGCUGUACUACUGUAUAAAUGCCAGCCAGGGAAUGAAAUAUGUUCACUAAUUGAAGAAAGACGAUUUGAAGACUGGAUUAUUGAUGCAGCCUUAGAAGAUAAUUUGUCACACAUUGUCCUUGCAACUGCACACAACUCACUAAUCAGAUACAAACUGCAGUACUCUAAAGAUCUUGAAGAGCUCCCUUAUCAGGAUACCUUCUUGGAAAGUGAGGGAAAUUGCCUAGUACAUGAAGGUAAAGAGGACUGUAAUGCUAUUAAAACAGACACAAAUAGCUUUCCAGCAAAGACUGAACUUUUAACCUGGAAGAACACAAGAUGGAAGCCAGACAGAUGUGUGUUGGCAAAGGUAGACUGCACAGAAAACUGCAUUCUCUACUGUGGCCAUAUAGUGCUAAUGGCUGGAAACUGGGAGAGUGCUGUACUCUUAGCAGGUACGGUGUUCAGCCAAGUCUUGAUAUGGGGUCCAUGGUGCUGCACAGACCCAGCGGGAAGAAUUCCACCUAUUCACUGUCUGUCAGGUCAUGAGGGUGUCUUGUUCUCGAUCAACUUUUCUGUUGCUCAGGGCCUCCUCACCACAACUUCAGAUGACAGAACUCUCAGAAUGUGGAACAUAAUACCAAAGUACCCCUUAAGUGAUGCAAUCUCCCCCCCUUCCCUUCAGCUCUAUAACAGAGAGCAAGUACAACAGUACUGGUUAGAUGCAGAGAUAACAGAGAAGCACAUUUGCUAUGGUCAUGGGGCAAGAGUGUGGCAGUCUCUCAUUUUGUCCUCCUGUGUGGUGAGUGUUGGAGAGGACUCAAAGGUGUGUGUAUGGGACCAGCAAGGGAAGCUUGUUACUUGGUGGAAGGCUCAUGAUGGCUCGUGUGUCUGGAAUGUCGCUGCAGCAGAAGAUGAAGGUCAGUUGGUUACCGGAGGAGGAGAUGGCAGUGUCAAGACAUGGAGCUUAAAUAUAACAGAUUCCCCAAAAUCAGAACCUCUCCUGAAUGGUCCAUGGUGUCUUACAGAGAAAGAAACCCCAUUAAUUGAAAAUGAACAUAGUAAAGUAACAGAUGCUUCCCCUCAGCUGCCAGCAUCAGAAAAUGGUGAAGGGCAGAAGGCAGAAAUGUUAAAGAAUGGUGAAUUUUCUGAAGUUAUAAAAUUUGAAGGGAAUGAGACAACUGAGCCAUGUACUAAAAAUAAUCCAUAUCAACUUCCAAAGGCAACUGACUUUCCGCGAUGUGUUGCACUGGUUGGAGUUAACCAGUUUCUUUUAGCAAUGGAUAGUGGACGCUUAUUCCAGUGGCAUUCUGAAAAUGCUACUUGGACACUGGUUUGGGAUGAUCCAAGAAUGCAAAAAUAUGUCAUAAUGGACACUUGUUCGGACCAGAAAAAAAUUGCAGUGGGCAUGCUGUGUGGUGUUGUCCUCAUCUUCAGAAUAACAGGUAAUGGCAACUGGGAAAAACACUUAGAAGCCACCCUCUGCCAAGGGAAAAUAUUUAGCCUCCUGUGGCUGGGUUCCGAUCGCAUCCUUGCUUGUGGGCCUGAUGGUGACAUCGUGACCUGGAGCCUCCUGGAAGUCCAAGGUUCAUUGGUGAAGGAAAGGAAUCACAUCCUGCCUCCUUGUAAGCAACGCUGGGUAUCAGCUGCCUGCAUUGUACCAUCAAGAGUCCCAGGGGGUUAUUAUCUCAUCUGCGGGGACAGAGCUGGCAGUCUACACCUGUAUCACCAGGAGGACUCAGAGCCAAGGCAGAGCAUCCGUGGGAUCCACAGUAAGAAUGGAGUAACGAGCCUUGUCAUCCACGAGGGGUUCAUCUACAGCUCAGGACGAGAUGGAUGUGUUCGUCAGUUGAAGCUGUUUGAUGAGAGCAUGCAGGUGCUCACAGUCACGAGGGUCAGCAAUGUGACUUGGGUAGCGCGGGUCAUAUUUCUUCAAGGGAGACCUCUGGCCCUCUGCUUCCAUGAUGUGAACCUCAAAUUCUGGAACCUUGCUGAAGACCGAGCAGUGGUGGAAGUCGAGUGCGGAGGUGGCCACCGCUCCUGGGCUCUCCAUGCAUCAAGAUCGGAUGACCAACUGGUCUUCUUCUUCCUUAAAGAUGGGAUACCUUGCAUCUUUCGCACUACGUUGGCUGACAAGCUUAUGCCAUUGAUAAAGAGCCCAGUAAACACUCGUGAAACAAUGUGCCUACAAACUCUUUUUCAUGUGGAAGGUAAGACUUUCUUUGCAAUGGGAGGUGAAGACACGACUUUACGUAUCCAUUCUGUCCAUGGUCUCGAGAGCCACAGAUCACUUUGUGUCGUGCGCAGUCACAUUUCCAACAUCAGGGCUCUGUGUCGCAUAGAAUGGCAAGGAGCAGUCAGUCCAGCAGGUUCGGAUAAAAGUGUUUGGCUCGUGUCUGGGGGUGGAAGGGCACAGAUGAAGCUGUGGGAAGUCACCCUUAACCACAUUUCACAGAGGAACUUACUAAGUGCAGGUAGUGGGCUUCAGGGAAAAGUCGCAGUAGCAGGGAGUGGAGAAGAAAACUCAUAUCAGCAAGAACAGGCACAAGAGGAAAACACUUCUAUAACGUGUAACUCGAGCAGAGAAAAGAUGCUGAAUGUUGGCUGCAGAGAGGUUACAUCCCACAUGAUUCGCACAGGAAAUAACAAGACUUGGAAGAGCCAGGAACUGACCUUUGACCCUGAAACACGUUACAUGGAUGCCACAGCUUUCUGGGUCACUGAUCAGCUGGCGGUGAUUGUCUUAGCCUCAUCUGAUGGUAUUUUGAGGUUCUUCGUGUUCAGUCAGUGUACUGAGAAAGUGACACUGGUGUGUUCCCGAGCAUGUGACCACUGUCUUUUGAAGGUGGUCAGAGUACCAAUCCAGACACGACAUAUCCUUGCCUCUGCUGGCACUGAUGGAAGGGUUGUCUUCUGGGAUAUGAAGUCCAUUGUAAACUGGCUAUGCACACCUGAUGUUGCAGUCAACAAUCCACCCCCUUCACUGGAGCUGCAUCAGCUAGCCUUCAUCCAAAGUCAUCAAUCUGGUAUCAACAGUCUGUCAAUCAACUACCAUAGCGAACCCACAGAUGAAAAGAGUUAUAGAAGCUUAACUCUGGCAACUGGAGGGGAUGACAAUAAGCUGUCUGUUUGGGAUGUGAUAAUAGACACUUCAGAGGAUGGCUUUACCAAAAUUGCUGUCCAGUUUCUCUGCACUGCUGUUGGACAUGCUUCACAAAUUACAGGCCUGGAAUGGAUAUCACUGAACCUGCUAGUCAGCACAUCAGUUGAUCAGAGAGUUGUUGUGUGGGAGCUCUGCCACACAGAUUCAACUAGACAACAGAGUGAGACCGGCACAGACAACCCAGGAAGUGCACCACAAACAUAUCUGAGAGCAACAAGUUCAGCAUAUACUGGUGUACCCGAUGUAAAAGGUUUGACUGUGAUUCCCAUUAAUAAGAACAGUUCCAGCCCAAAUAAUUCUGAAACUGAUUUACUACAGAGACUUUUUGUGUAUGGUGUUGGAUUACAAGUUUAUGAUUUAGAUACUUCAGUAGGAGAAUUAUGAUAUAUUUUUUAUAUUUAUACUUGACAAAUAAAGUUUGUGAACUGGAA